GGUCCCUCGACGUCGGGUCUUUGACAGAAACGCCGCCCGUUUUCCCCGUUAGUGGGCAGGGUCGAGAGAGUGACCGCGAUUGACGUUCUCGACUCGUCCAUGAUAUUUUCUAGCUGUCAUCGAUUCUUACCCAACAUCAGCGACGAGGAGCCUUAUAGCCAGACCUUGUCGAUUUAUCUGUUCCCCCCUCGUUUCUGCCGGUUAGAACGUGUUGUUUCAUCACUUUCCACAACUCUAAUACCUCGACCCUUCCCUGCCACCUGAGAUCCUUCUCCCCGCAUCGAAAGAGCUCACGGCGUCAACGAAUAAAUCCACGGAGCCCACCAUCUACAUAGCUGUCGAGACGCCAUCAGACAGGCACCUCAGCUCAUUGACACCACAUCACGCCGCAAUGGCGGGCGACCAGCGCUCGAGGGGCGAGCCCUCGGAGGGCAAAUCGAGCAUCUCGCGCGACUCCGAAUCCACCGAUUCCACGGCCAGCCUAGUCUUCGAGCACAUCAGCGACCGGCUCGAGAAGGAGAAGAACACGAGCAGCCGAGGCCAGCGUCAGACGGGCGGCGGCGGCGGCUACCGCGACCGCGUGUCCGAGUUCGACGACGAGGACCCGCUCAACACGAACGGCGAUGACCUCGAGACGGGCCCCUUCCUCGCGGGCGCCGGCGCGUCCAUGUCCGGCGCCGUGGCCAGCAUUAGGAACGCCAACAUGGACAGGGGCUUUAGGCGCGUGCUGCUCAUCGUGGGCGGCUUGCUAGUCGCCGCCUGGGUCGGCGGCCUGAUCGGUUACGUCGUGUCCAAGUCGUACAAGCACCCGUCCCAGACCGAGCACGACCCCCAGGCCACGGCGCCGUCGCGCGGCAGUGGCCGCACAAUCACAAUGGACCAAGUGCGGGCCGGGCUCUGGCAGGCCAGCUCGCACUCGAUCGAGUGGAUCGAGGGCCCCGAGGGCCAGGACGGCCUGAUGAUCGAGACGGACGCCGCGGGCAAGGACUACGUCGUGAUAGAGGACGUCCGCGCCCAGAAACCCAACAGCCACGCCGCAGCGGGGACCGGCGCCGGCGCUGGCGCCGACGUGGCCAGCACGCGCACGCUCAUGAAGGCCGGUUCGUUCGACUACCGCGGCACCACGUACUGGCCCUCGGGGAUCAAGGCCAGCCGCGACCUCAAGAAGCUGCUGCUCUUCACCGACUCGGAGAGCAACUGGCGGCACUCGUUCACGGCCAAGUACUGGAUCCUCGACGUGGGCUCGCAGACGGCCGAGCCGCUGGUGCCCGAGGAGCCCGACGCCGUGGUGCAGAACGCGCAGUGGAGCCCGACCAGCGACGCCGUCGUCUUCACGCGCGACAACAACCUGUACGUCCGGCGGCUGGCCGAGCGCAAGGCCAAGCCCAUCACGACCGACGGCGGCCCGGAGCUCUUCUACGGCGUGCCCGACUGGGUAUACGAGGAGGAGGUGCUCGCCGGGGCCAGCGCCACGUGGCUGUCCGAGGACGGCAAGUACGUGGCCUUUUUGCGCACAAACGAGACGGGCGUGCCCGAGUUCCCCGUGCAGUACUUCAUGUCGCGGCCCAGCCGCACCAAGCCCGCGGCCGGCGAGGAGACGUACCCCGAGGUGCGCCAGAUCAAGUACCCGCGCGCCGGGUCGCACAACCCCGUCGUCGACCUGCAGUUCUACGAUAUGCAGCGCGGCGACGUCUUCUCCAUCGACAUCACGGGCGGCUUCGCAGACGACGACCGCCUCGUCACGGCCGUCGUGUGGGCCGGCGACCGGGUGCUGAUCAAGGAGACGAACCGGGUCAGCGACGUGAUGCAUGUCGUGCUCGUCGACGUCGCCAAGCGCUCGGGCAAGACGGUGCGCACCGUCGACGUCGGCAAGGCGGACGGCGGCUGGUUCGAGAUCUCGCACAAUACGCGCUACAUCCCCGCCGACCCGGCAAAGGGCCGCGCCAAGGACGGCUACGUCGACACCGUCAUCUACAACGACGGCGACCACCUGGCCUACUUCUCCCCGCCCGAGAGCAGCGAGCCCGUGAUGCUUACCUCGGGUCCCGGCUGGGAGGUCGUGGACGCGCCGUCGGCCGUCGACCUGGCCAACAACCUCGUCUACUUUGUGGCCACCAAGGAGGGCAGCACGCAGCGCCACGUCUACAGCGUCGGGCUGGACGGCAAGGGCAUGAAGCCCUUCACCGACACGUCGGCCGAGGGCUACCACGACGCCAGCUUCUCGGCCCUGGCCGGCUACGCGCUUCUGUCGUACCAGGGGCCCAAGGUGCCCUGGCAAAAGGUGGUCAACACCCCCAGCAACCCGACAAAGUACGAGGCCACGAUCGAGGACAACGCCCGCCUGGCCGAGUACGCGCGCAAGCACGAGCUGCCCAUCCUCGUCUACGGCACCCUCAACGUCGACGGCGCCGAGCUCAACUACGUCGAGCGCCGCCCGCCGCACUUCAGCGACAAGAAGCGCUACCCCGUGCUGUUCCAGCAGUACAGCGGGCCCGGCUCGCAGUCAGUCAGCAAGCGGUUCGGCGUCGACUUCCAGUCGUACGUGGCCGCCGCGCUCGGCUACGUGGUCGUGACGGUCGACGGGCGCGGCACGGGCUUCAUCGGGCGCAAGAACCGCGUGCUGGUGCGCAAGGACCUGGGCCGCGUCGAGGCGCACGACCAGAUCGCGGCGGCGCGCCACUGGGCCUCGCUAAAGUACGUCGACGCCAGCCGCAUCGCCAUCUGGGGCUGGUCGUACGGCGGCUUCAUGGCGCUCAAGACGCUCGAGCAGGACGCGGGCCGCACCUUCAGCUACGGCAUGUCGGUCGCGCCCGUGACCGACUGGCGCUUCUACGACUCUAUCUACACGGAGCGCUACAUGCUGACGCCCCAGCUGAACCCGGCGGGCUACGAGUCGAGCGCCAUCAAGAACACGAGCGCCCUGGCCGCCAGCAAGCGCUUCCUCGUCAUGCACGGCGUCGCGGACGACAACGUGCACAUGCAGAACUCGCUCACGCUGCUCGACGAGCUCGACCUGGCCGGCAUCGAGAACUACGACGUGCACGUGUUCCCGGACAGCGACCACAGCAUCUACUUCCACAACGCCAACAGGAUCGUCUAUGACAAACUUGAGAACUGGCUGGUCAACGCCUUCAACGGCGAGUGGCUCAAGGUCAACAACGCCAAGCCCAUCGAGAAGAUUCCUCUCCUCGAGGAGGAAAAGAAGUGAAUCAUGGGGCGAGCUUGUUGGGUGGAAUGUGGCGUUUUUCUGGGCUGUGGCGUUUGCUUCGUUGGUUUUUUCUUCUCCUUUCGCCAACAUUUGCACGGCGUUCUGUGAUUUCCUUGCGGGGACCAUGUUUUAAUUGUACAAAGGCUAUCAAUACAUAUUACAAGAUACCUUUAUGAUACCACUCCUAUGGCUUGACAUUUAG